AUGGGGGUUACAUUACUUCGCUCAAUCUUCGGUCUCUGUGCCGUCUCAUCUUCAUCAAGAGUAACUGAUUCCUACUGUUCAACGAAGUCAUAUCUCCGACGACGCCGGACCUCCGCCUCGAAGCAACGACUCACGGAGAUCAAAUCCGUAACAUCCACUCCUCCUCCUCCUUCUAGGGAAGCGAGAGAUUUCGUUGGGGAUGGAGGAGGUCCACCUCGUUGGUUCUCUCCGUUGGAAUGCAGAGCUCAAGCGCCAAACUCUCCUCUCCUCCUCUUUUUACCUGGGAUCGAUGGUACUGGACUAGGUCUCAUUCGUCAUCACAAGAAACUUGGGGAGAUUUUUGAUAUAUGGUGCCUUCACAUUCCCGUCAGUGAUCGUACUCCAUUUAAAGACUUGGUGAAGCUUAUUGAGAGGACAGUUAAGUCGGAGAACUACCGUUUCCCAAAUAGACCAAUAUAUUUAGUUGGAGAAUCUAUUGGAGCAUGUCUUGCGUUAGAUGUUGCAGCCAGGAAUCCCAACGUUGAUCUUGCUCUGAUCUUGGUUAAUCCAGCCACACAUGUCAACAACUUCAUGUCAAAACCUCUAUUAGGAAUGCUUAAUGUUUUACCUGAUGGAAUUCCCACACUAUGGGAAGACGUAUUUGGUUUUAAGCAAGGCGCUCCAUUGACUGGAAUAUUAGAAGCUAUGUCAAAUGAAUUUUCCGUCCAGCGAAUGGGCGGAGUGGGUGGAGGGAUGCUAAGAGAUCUCUUUGCAGUUUCAGCUAAUCUUCCAACUCUGAGUAGGAUGUUCUCUAAGGACACACUCCUUUGGAAGCUUGAAAUGCUAAAGUCUGCUAUUGCUUCUGUAAAUUCUCACAUAUACUCAGUUAAAGCUGAAACACUGAUACUUCCAAGUGGACGUGAUCAAUGGCUGCUUAAUGAGGAAGACAUUGUCAGAUACUCGCGAACGUUGCCAAAUUGUAUUGUACGUAAGCUUGAUGACAAUGGACAGUUUCCUCUUUUGGAGGACAGCUUAGAUCUGGCUACUAUCAUCAAGCUUACUUGUUUUUAUCGCCGUGGGAAGUCACAUGAUUACGUUUCGGAUUACAUUAAACCUACCCCUUUUGAGUUACAACAACUAUUAGACGAGCACCGAUUGCUAAUGGAUGCUAUUUCACCUGUAAUGCUAUCAACUCUAGAAGACGGUCUACUCUUAAAAGAGAGGAAUAUUCACAUGCGUGGUUUGACACAUCCGAUGGUAUUUAUGUAUAUCCAAGACUCGUUAGUCGACCCGAAGAUGUUUGACAAAUAUAAGUUAAUGGGUGGAGUACCUGUCUCCAAUAUGAAUUUCUACAAACUACUGCGUGAAAAGGCUCAUGUGCUUUUGUAUCCUGGAGGUGUCCGCGAAGCUUUGCAUAGAAAGGGUGAAGAAUACAAGCUGUUUUGGCCAGAACAAUCCGAGUUUGUGAGAGUUGCAUCUAAAUUUGGAGCGAAAAUCGUUCCUUUCGGUGUUGUUGGAGAAGACGACAUCUUUAAUAUUGUAUUGGACUCCAAUGAUCAAAGGAACAUCCCUAUCCUAAAAGAUUUAAUGGAAAAAGCAACAAAGGACGCUGGCAACCUAAGGGAAGGAGACGAAAGCGAAUUGGGAAACCAAGAUUGCUAUAAUCCCAGGACUUGUACCUAAAAUUCCAGGGCGGUUCUACUAUUACUUUGGCAAACCAAUAGACUUAGCAGGUAAGGAGAAGGAGCUGAAAGACAAAGAAAAGGCACAAGAGGUUUACUUGCAAGCAAAGUCUGAGGUCGAACAAUGCAUUGCAUACUUAAAAAUGAAAAGAGAGUGUGAUCCUUACAGACAAUUGUUGCCAAGGAUGAUGUAUCAAGCCUCACAUGGUUGGUCUUGUGAAAUCCCAACGUUUGAUCUCUAACUUAUACUGUGGCUAUAUAUGUUAUAGACAUCUAAUCAUAUGAUGUUUAGAGGUUCUAAGAUUCUUUAGAGAUCUAAAGAUCUUUUAUUUGUUCAUCGAAAAUAAGACAAGAUUAUUUAACUGAAUGUACAUGAC